UGGAGACCUCGAAGGCUUCAAUUACCUCCUUCUCUGAAACUGAAACAGAGUUCAACUCCGGCAGCCUUGACCCAGUCCUCCAGCUCCUGCUGGAGAGAAGCCGGCCGCCGUUGCUGUCCUUGCGGAGGGCCAGAGGGAGCUCCUUGCUGCCCCGCCCAGUGCAGCGGCUGAGCGCUGAGCCAAGGUUUCCUGGGAUCCCCCCAGACACAUUCGUCUCUCACUGUGAGAAUGUGCCAGGAGGGGUGGGGCCGGGAGGGAGACGACUCUGAUAUGCUUCCUCCCAGGCAACAGACUAAAAGUUCUUCCCCAGAACAUACGGGAGGGCAUUUUAGGGGUUCACUUCCCCAAACCCCAGCAGUAGAUAUACUGCUCUUUAAAUUUUUUGUUUUCCCUUGGGGUUACGUUUGUCUCUCUCUCUCUCUCUAUGUUGUUAUUGUCUCCUUCCUUUUUGAUUUUGAGGGCAAAGGAAGAGAUGGCUAUUUUUCUCCAUGUUUUGGUCACGGAGAACAGAAAAAGAACCCAGAAACCCAGAAAUGGGUCUUUCUGAGACAUGUACCUCAUCAGAUCCUUUCUCCUCACGACAGGUGAUGGAAAUGUACUGGCAUGAUGGGAGAAGCUGGUAACUUAUAGGAAGCCAAGAUGACAAGAAUUUUCUUAAAUAAUCAAGUGUUUUCUUCCUUGCUGAGGGACGGCUGUCCGCAGAGAGGUUCACGGUCCGUGUUCCAUCCCCAGUCGUCGGUCUCAGAACUCGGCACCUUAUCAAACGACGUUUCUGGAGCAGUGUCCCAUUGCUUCACCUGCCUCCCUGUCUGCCGUGGGGUUUCUCAGAUACCCCGACUUCCUUGUCUUCCUGGGGUGCCAGAGGGAAGCUCAGAGCGAGAGCGGAGACUGGGCCACACGAGCGAAGCUUCCGCACGUCUGCCCAAAGGAAGACCCCCGGUGCACCAUGAGGUGAGCGCGCUCGGGCGCCCAGAGCCCCGGAGAGCUGCGUGCGGGCUGCGGGAGCGGCUCCGCGCGUCUGGCCUCGCACGUCCCCGGCAUGAGGCCGGGCAGCAUGGGCGCGCCGCCGCGGGACCGCUGACCCCCGCCCGCCGGGACCAUGAAGGAGGUGGCGCACUGGUCCCCCAGGAAGGUGGCAGACUGGCUGCUGGAGCACGCCAUGCCCGAGUACUGUGAGCCCCUGGAACACUUCACGGGCCGGGACCUGAUCGGCCUGACCCGGGAGGACUUCGCGCGGCCGCCCCUGUGCCGCGUGUCGGCCGACAGCGGGCAGCGGCUCCUGGACAUGAUCGAGACCCUGAAGGUGGAGCAGCACAUGGAGGCGCACAAGAACGGCCACGCCAACGGGCACCUGGGCGCAGGCGCGGCCGGCCCCGGCCUCCAGGCCACGCCCAACGGGGUGCCCAACGGCUACCGGAAGGAGAUGAUCAAGAUCCCCAUGCCCGAGCCCGAGCGCUCCCAGUACCCCAUGGAGUGGGGCAAGACCUGCCUGGCCUUCCUGUACGCGCUCUCCUGCUUCGUCCUCACCACGGUGAUGAUCUCGGUCGUCCACGAGCGAGUGCCUCCCAAGGAGGUGCAGCCCCCGCUACCGGACACGUUUUUUGACCAUUUUAACCGCGUGCAGUGGGCCUUUUCUAUCUGUGAGAUUAACGGCAUGAUCCUCGUAGGACUCUGGUUAAUUCAGUGGCUGCUCUUAAAAUACAAGUCUAUCAUUAGCAGAAGAUUUUUCUGCAUAGUCGGCACGCUGUACCUCUACCGCUGUAUCACAAUGUAUGUAACCACACUCCCGGUGCCCGGUAUGCAUUUCAACUGCUCUCCGAAGCUGUUCGGAGACUGGGAAGCACAAGUGCGGAGGAUAAUGAAGCUCAUUGCCGGUGGCGGCCUGUCCAUCACCGGCUCUCACAACAUGUGCGGGGACUACCUGUACAGCGGCCACACGGUCAUGCUCACGCUCACUUACUUAUUUAUCAAAGAGUACUCCCCUCGACGACUGUGGUGGUACCACUGGAUUUGCUGGCUCCUCAGCGUGGUUGGGAUCUUCUGUAUUCUCUUAGCGCAUGACCACUACACUGUGGACGUGGUGGUGGCGUAUUACAUCACCACAAGACUCUUCUGGUGGUACCACACUAUGGCCAAUCAGCAAGUGCUCAAAGAAGCUUCCCAGAUGAACCUCCUGGCUAGGGUGUGGUGGUAUAGGCCAUUUCAGUACUUUGAAAAGAAUGUCCAAGGAAUCGUACCUCGAUCUUACCACUGGCCCUUCCCCUGGCCGGUGGUCCACCUCGGGAGGCAGGUGAAAUACAGCCGCUUGGUGAACGACACAUAACGGCCGCACCAAGUGGGGGACGAGGACCCUUUCCAAGUGCUGAGAACUCCAGUGAGAGCAGACGCCAUAAACAGACGAUCCCGUUAUCUUUCAGCCGUUUCCUUGACUUAACCUAUUGAGUUACCUGGUCAGCACUGUGAUCUUUUUUUCUCUCCAAAGGACCUGCGUGGGACAACAAUAAAGAAAACGUAACCUAUCAUGCACUGCACACAUUUCCUGUUCGUGAGUCCGGGGUUCCGCAUAAGCUGCAUCACCACGUUCCUUUGUAUACGAUGCAACAGCAUAAAUGUAAGCUUUUCUAUCAUCAGUUCUGGUCUUUCCAGUCACAUCUGGAAAAUAAAGCGUAUUAUUUUCUUGGGAAAACAUACUUUUCAUAUCUCUUGCCCCAAAGAUUGGGCUGUAAGCCAUUUUCUAGCAAAUGUCUCUAUGAAGGUUUCUAAGUACCUGAAUGGGGUUCGAUUCUGAAAUCUUUCUACCUGUUGCACCGCUAUUCAAAUAAAAAAUGACAGACACAGAAAGGUGUGGUAACUUUGGGUUUUGUAAAAAGCAGAGAGAGUGUGUCAAAAAGUGCAAAAAAAAAAAAAAAAAGAUUCUGUUAUAAAGUGAUUUUCUAAGUAUUUCCUAACUUUAUUUUUCAAAAUGAUGUUAUGAAAACCAAAUUUCAAGAUUUUUACAUGUCAGAGAGAAGAGAGUUAAAAUUAAAAAAAAAAAUGCUUCUUGGGAGAGAAAUUUGUCUAUGUUUCUAGUGCCUUUCUUGUCUUGAUUGUAUGGUCAGUAGGCAAUCUUAAAUGUUUUUAUUUAAAAUAAAAUAUUCCAUGAAAAUAUAAAUGUAUGUAUACACUACUAAAUUUUGCAUUUAUAGCUAAAUUAAAUCUGAAGACUGCUUAUGGUUUUUAAAUUGCUAUGAAUUAACGAAUGGGGGAGUUAAUUAGAAAAUCAGAGCCCUGUUCCCAUAUUGUGAGCAGGUGGCAAUGACAUGUACCACUUAAAUUAUUUUCUCAUCUAUUUGGUGGUUCGAUUUUAACUAUACAGUGAAAACAGCCAUGAAUACUUUGUUUUUAAAGAGAGAGUUUUGAAAAUGAUCACUUAACUAAAACUUGAAAGCUAUAAAUUAGUUAUCCAUACUCUGAUGACAAUUUUGUUGGUGAACAACAAAACAGAGAUCUAUUUCUUUAAAAUAUAUUUGUGCAGAAACUGCAUGUAUCUCUAAGUUUUACUCCUAACAGAAGUAUGUUUGGGGAAGUAUUCUAUUCCAUACUUGCCAAUGUGGAGAACAAAAUAGUUUUUUAAGAAUGAAGAAGUAUAUAUAUCCAUUCUGUAUUUUACGUGCAGCAGAAUUAUCUUCCGUAGGGUUUUUUUUUUUUCCUGUGUAUUCACAAGGUGAUAUUUGUAUUGUAAAACAAUAAUGGUGAAGGAAAUAAAAA